AUGUUGCCCGACGUGCUGAUGCAAGGGCUCCGUCAGUACAAGUCCGAUACCAAUGCACUGGCAUCCUGGUUGGCAUCAACCGCAAAAAUCUGCGGCUAUAAAUGCGAUCUUCCUGAUGAUCAGAAGUCCUUCGCGAGCGGAGAUAAGCCUUCCCCUGGCCAAGCUCCCUCUGGCCGACUCAAAGGCAAAGCACGAAAAGAAGCCAAGAAGCGAGGAGCACCAGUGAACCCAGCAAACCCACAGACACUCAAGAACCAAGGCCCAAAGUACACAGUGGCUCUGAAAGACUUCUUGCCCAUGGCUGAGUGUAUCGCCAAGUCCAGAAAGCCCCUUAUCACUGUCCCUAGCUCCUUUGUCAGUACCAUCGAUCGCGCCAUUCGUCUGCGAUCGGCUUUCGCAGCUGAGAUGGCGCUCCAUGGUGUGAAAGUUAACCAGGAUGCGGACAUUACACACGAUUACUUCGUCAGCGUCUUGGAGAAGGUCAAUGAGGCUCUCCGUCCACGAUUCCCACCCUGCCAGAAAGUGCAAACUACUCAAUCCGCUGAAAGGGAGAAUAUCUCUCAUGGCUUUCAAGCUCUGUCGGUUGAGGAACCGUCUCAAGAGUUCUUAAAUGUCCCUGAUGCAGAACUUCCUCAGAAAAUGCAAAAGGAUAGCACAAGCUACCAGGCAAAGAAGGAUCAAGAGGACCGCUUGUGGAAGAUCUUAAAUGCUCCCGACAUUUUGGGACUUCCCCAGAAAGUACAGGGGGAUCGUACAAACUACAAGGCAGAUAAUGUUGAAGAGGAGGAAAACGGCUUCAAUGACCUCUUAUGUGCUCUGGUCUUGGUCGAGGCCCAAGGUAUGCGAGACCGAAUCCGAUGGAUAUGGCAGAGCUAUCUCGAUAAGACCAUUGACAUCACUACUGCGGCAGUUGCUACCAACGUGGGAAUUCAGAGGAUUCGAAAACUCUCAGAGGAGUGCUCUAUGUCCAACGCAAAGAACGCCCUUCGAGCCGCAGAACUCCAUUUCUCAAUGAAUGCUUGCUGGAAACGAACCAGUUCAGGCCUAAAUUUCCGCAAAAUGGUGGACGAAGUCCUAGAUCUCCGCAGGACCUUGGAUGAGGGUAUAUGUCCUAACGAUCUAUUGCAAACCCAAGCUUCGCUUGUUUUCUUGAGACCUGGCAAGGUCGAAAGCCCUACAGCCCGCGAUCAAGGUUUACAUGAAGAGCUUGAAGCAUUGUACGAUUUCUGGGUCGAAGGUGUUUUAUUCCUGCACAACAACAUAGAGCAAGCCGGUUCAAAUCGCUUUCCAGUCGAAGACGAAUUCUUGCGAAUGCUCCGAAAGACGAAUGAAACCAACGAGGUGUCUUUCGAGGUGGCUUUUAUUGCCCAGAUAUUCCUCGAUAUGCGACGACUUCUAGGCAACACAGAGUCAAUGGCCGAAAAGUUCAUGGGCUGUGUCGCGGAAACGAAGUUUGCUCUGGAUAGGUUUGUGGAAAUUUGGGCCAACUCUCCCAGCGCCAAGGGCAGAGAUUCUCUGAAAUACCAACUCAAGGAGGGCCAGAACUAUCUGGAGAGUAUGCUCUACGACAUCAUUCCCGAGGUCAAGGCCUACCAUGUUCGCAAUGGUUAUGAUGUUGAAGGGGUCGAUGAGUACGGGAGGUUCUUGAAGCGCUCUCCUAUUUUGUGCGGUCUUGCGCUAUUUCAUGCUCGAGCGGAGAUGUACACCCUGUCAAUCAAUUGCAUGAAAGAGACUGGUGUCACGACAAGGCUGGUUCACCUGUACAAUGCUAUACAGCAAGAAGGUGUCCUCGACAAACUAUGGGUCGAUAUGGAGACGUUCGAAGCUUGCUUUGAGGAGCAAGAUUUCUUCAUGGGUAGGAAGCCAACGAAAUCCACUCAAUACAACGAACGACUAAUGGUGCAAAUGGGCUGCUCUGUCUCUUCAACCCAGAAGUUGAAACGUUCAUCUUGGAGAGAACAGGUUACAGACAAGCAUCAGAAGGACUUGCUAUUUCGGACGGCGGUUCAGGGCAUGGAGAAGGGGGCUCCCGUCUCCAAGACUUACUUGCGCAUGCACAAGCAACGCGGCGGGUGCCUUGAUCUGACCAAGAAGGAGGUGAUUGAGAUUGUAUCUCUGAGCAAGUACAAGUUGGUACAGGAACAUGACAAAUACACCUUCGGUUCUUUGAGUGAGGAAGAGAAGCAGCAGCUCGACAAGCGAGCUUCUCAACCAAAGCCGAAGAACGCCUGGCCCGAACCUUACUAUCUUGUACUUCUCACCAUGACUCUGGCUGCCGAAGCUCGACAGUUAGCAUUCUCGUACCUGCAGAUGCACGAUUUCUGCUUUACUCUGCAGGCUCACAUAUUUGACAGGUGCAAGCCUAUCAUAGAGGAGAAGGUCCUCUACAAAGGUUGCGUGCCAAUUCGGGGGCCAAUAGACAUUAUCCCUCGUAUCCUGCAGCUGGCAGAUUGGCCCAAAGGUGAUCGGGCUCUCAAAGAGGCUGCAUCGGUGAUAGCAGAAUUCUCUAACGACCUUGGCGGCGAGCUUCGAGCCAGGAUUCAGGACAUCAAAAGCUUUUCCGAGCCUGUAGUCGUGCCACCUGUGGCAACUGGCGCCUGCCUCAAAUGGUACUCGGACCCUUUGAACUAG